AUGGUGACCAUCUGGGAAGUUGCUGCAUUGGUGAAUAUGUAUGACAAUCUGAAUGAUGUGUCAAAGAGCACGGUCAAGCAGCUUGCAGGAUAUAUCACACUUUCACAGUGUUGGAUCUACGAGUAUUUUCCCUCUGUUGGUUCUGUUGUUGCUGUUGAGGAUUAUGAUGAGAGAAAACCACGUGCCUGGCGUUGGAAGUCUGGGAAGGCAUUACCAGUAUCGACUUAUUGUAGGCGAUUGGAUAGAUUGACGUCUGAUGUUGUAUGUUGGAUUUCAUAUGGUGACCACCGUGCAUUUAGAGAGUUUGAGACCAUUCCUCAACACCAUGUUACUCCUUCUCUCUGUAUAGAAGGCAUUGAUGAUAGAUGGAUUCGGUUUUCCGAAUACAUUGCAAUAGUGGGUCAGAUAUGUGUAGCACCUGGCCAGUGUUCGCUGGACUACAUGGAUUGGUUCUACUUGAUAUCUCAUCCCUUCAUGAGUCCGACACAACUUGGGGAUCCUCCUAGACAUCCGCCCAUGCAACACCAUGACACAUUUGUUGAACCAAAUGUUGCUCAGCAUACAGUGGUGACAAUGGCUAUGAAUGAAGCACCUAAAGAUGCACAUGCUGAUAUAAAGCAGUCUCGACAUGUAGUGGAGGCUUGCCAAGGAAUAGUUGAAAGGUUGGAAAAACUACUGAACUGA